ACACCAAUCACCUACUUGAUAUCUAUAUGGAUAGAGUCAUGAGAGUUGUUCCGCUACUCAGCUUUCUAUGCAUUACGUCUAUUACUCUUGGCUUAUGCAAUGGAAACCUGAAUGUGCCUUGCCAACAAAAUGAGAGACAAACACUUCUUAUGUUCAAGAAAGAUCUCGAUGAUUCUUCAAAUCUGCUUUCCUCUUGGGCUGCUGAAGGCGAUUGUUGCACCUGGACCGGUGUUGCCUGCGACAAUUUAACCGGUCAUGUCCGCGAGCUCCACCUUGCUGGUUAUUAUGAUGAAGUGACUGGUGAGCGCCAUGGGCUGGGUGGUAAGGUAAAUCCUUCUCUACUCAAUUUAAAGCAUCUCACCUACUUGGACUUGAGCUACAAUGAUUUUGGAGGACGACAGUUUCCCAGCUUUCUUGGUUCUCUUAAAGGUUUAAGGUAUCUUAACCUCUCGGAUGCAGGGUUCAUGGGAACCGUUCCUCCUAAGUUGGGAAAUCUCUCAAGCCUGCGUUAUCUGGACCUUUCUUACAAUGGUGGUUGGAAGGUCGAGAAUCUCAAAUGGCUUUCUGGUCUUUCUCAGUUGAAACAUCUUGAAAUGAGUUGGGUAGAUCUUACCAGGGCAUCUCAUUGGUUACAAGUCAACACACUCCCUUCUCUCCUGGUCGAGUUGCAUUUGUCAUGCUGCAAACUUUAUCACAUGCCAAGUGGUAUUCAGAACUUGACAAGUCUUAAAGUUCUUGAUCUGUCCUCCAACUAUUUCAACUCUACCAUACCUCAAUGGUUGUGCAGUUUGAACCAUCUUGAGUCCCUUGAUCUUUCUUUCAAUGCUUUCCAUGGUGAAAUUUUGAGUUCCCUUAGAAACUUGACAGCCCUUGUUGAUCUUUCAUUACGUUCUAAUCAGCUUGAAGGGGAAAUCCCAAACUCAUUGGGAAAUCUUUGUAAGUUGACUUCUUUUGAUGUAUCGUCAAACAAUUUCCGGGGGAGGGUAUCAGAAAUCUUUGAAAGUUUGUCUAGCUGUAGUUUUGGUCAAAUAGAUUCCUUACAGCUUUCGGAUAAUAACUUUUCAGGUCAUUUAUCUGAUCAGCUGAGAAUUUUUAAAAAUUUACGCAUCCUUGAUCUUUCAAAUAAUUCAAUAUCAGGUCCCAUUCCAGUGUCUUUAGGAAAUCUAUCACUCUUAGAGGAGUUGGUCAUUGAUCACAAUUCAUUCGAGGGUGUUGUCUCUGAAGUUCAUUUUACUAAUCUUACAAGAUUGUCUACCUUUUAUGCAAAUAAGAACUCCUUGACUCUUAAAACUAGCCCGGACUGGGUUCCUCCUUUUCAACUUUUUAGGUUGAGUUUAAGUUCUUGGCGUCUGGACCCAUCACAGUUGCCCGCAUGGCUUCAGAGUCAAAAACACUUGUCCUAUCUUAAUAUGUCCAGUACAGGAAUUUCAGGUACCAUUCCGGCUUGGUUGUGGAACAUUUCUUUUCUUGGAAACCCGAUAUAUCAAGUAAUCUAUGUGGAUCUCUCUCGUAAUCAAUUGUCUGGGGAGGUUCCAAAUAUAGCUUCUACCCACUGGUUGGAUUACUCUGCUCUAGAAGUUGUAAUUUUUUUAGGAUCUAACCAAUUCAACGGUUCAUUGCCACUUGUGUCUUCGGCAGUGAUUGCACUAGAUCUUUCCAAUUCAUCAUUUUCGGGAACUCUCUCUCACUUCUUUUGUGAUAGGAGUGAUGUACCUAAAAACCUUCGAGUUCUUCUUCUUGACAACAAUCUCCUCGCUGGGGAAAUUCCGAAUUGUCUGUUACAUUGGCCUAACUUGACAGUUGUGAAUUUAGAAAACAACAAUUUGACGGGGAAAAUCCCAAGCUCUAUUGGCGACUUACUUUCCCUUCAAUCAUUGCACUUGCGCAAUAAUAGCCUAUCUGGAGAAUUACCCGUGUCCCUACAAAACUGUCGGGAGUUAAUCCUUCUUGACCUUCGUGGAAAUAAGUUUGUUGGAAGCAUUCCAAUAUGGUUUGGCCAAAGCUUGGUGGUUCUUAUUCUUCGCUCAAAUAUGUUCCAAGGCACCAUUCCUGAUGAACUUUGUAGUCUCACAAAGCUCCAAAUCUUGGACCUUGCGCAUAACAAUCUCUCGGGAACGAUACCAAGGUGUUUCCAAAAGUUGUCAUCCAUGGCCACUAAAUUUUCAAGCAAAGAAGCUCCCAGUAUUGAAUUCAUCAUUUCUCGUUUUUAUAUUGAUUCGUUUAAUAAUCGGAGGAACAUCGACACCUACACAGAGAAUGCGGAUUUUGUGGCCAAAGGCAGAGAAGUGAAAUAUAGCACAGUGCUUCGUUUGGUAACUAGCUUGGACCUUUCAAGAAACAUAUUAUUUGGAGAAAUCCCUGAAGAGCUGACCAACCUCAUUAACCUACAAACGUUGAAUUUAUCCGGUAAUCUUCUGACCGGAAGAAUCCCUUCCAAAAUCGGUGAUAUGGGAGCGUUAGAGUCGCUUGAUUUGUCUGUGAACCAACUUUCUGGCGAAAUUUCUCCAAGCAUCUCGAAUUUGACAUUUCUUAAUAAUUUGAAUUUGUCCUAUAACAAUCUAACUGGGCAGAUUCCAAAAAGCACUCAACUUCAGAGCUUUGAUUUGUUUAGUUAUACUGGCAAUAAACUUUGCGGACCUCCAUUGGAAGAGCGUUGCAGUACAAAUGAGGCCAUGCCACCGGUAGGUGAUGAGAAGCACAGUGAAGGUCAUUUACUUGAAGACGGUGGUUUCUAUCUGAGUUUGGGGCUUGGUUUUGCAUUUGGGUUUUGGGUUGUUCUUGGUUCAUUGUUGUCUAACGUGCCAUGGAGCAAUACAUUUUCUCAAUUCCAAAAUCGCAUUGUGAAGAAGUUCUAUGCUGCAAUCGUUGAAUGUUAUUAACUAUUUUGUGUAGAUAGAUCGAGUUUGUGUGAUUUGUUUUUACUCUUUUGUUAUCCAAUUAGAAUGUUACACAGUUGUAUGCUUCUUUGUAGCAAUUUAUUUUGUCUUUUCCUUGGUUUUUUUUCUUUGGCCGUAUAAAAUUGUAAAAUUUGCUUUAUAAAUACGACAUUCCUGA